AUGAGUCUUGAGCAUGAAAUGAAAACUCUUUCUGUUCUCAGAUGGCAGAGAGAGACGCGCAUCACAAACAUGUCUGGGCGUUUGCGGGGAGAGGUGGUGUAUUACGCUCCAUGCGGCAGAAAGCUCAGACAGUAUCCUGAUGUCAUCAAGUAUCUGACCAGUAACGGGAUAAGCAACAUUACACGUGAUCAUUUUAGCUUCAGUGCUAAAAUCAAGGUUGGUGACUUCUAUGAAGCCAGAGAUGGACCGCAGGGGUUACAGUGGUGCUUACUGAAGGAGGAGGAAGUGGUUCCUCGUAUUCUGGCGAUGGAAGGUCGACGGGGUCGUCUCAAGAAUCUUGACGCUCUGGGUAAUCGUGCCGCUGACUCCGCUCGCUCUCGCCGGAAAGCCAGAGCGCCUGACGAGGGUGAAGCCGAUGCUCUCAGCACCUCUGAGGCCAAACUACUGCGCAGACUGGAGGCCCAGGAAAUGGCGCGGCAGGCGGCUCAGAUGAAGCUGAGGCGUAAGCUGGAGAAGCAGGCGCUGGCACAAGCGGCCAAAGAGGCCAGGAGACAGCAAGCAAUCAUGGCAGCAGAAGAACGGCGGAAACACAAGGAACAAAUGAAGAUUCUGAAACAGCAGGAGAAGUUCAAGAGAAUCCAGCAGGUCCGUUUGGAGAAGGAACUCCGUGCUCGGCAGAUUUUGGAGGCUAAAAGAAAAAAGAAAGAAGAGGCUGCAAAUGCUAAAAUACUAGAAGCUGAAAAGCGAAUAAAGGAGAAGGAGCUGCGCAGACAGCAGGCCAUCAUCCUGAAGCACCAGGAGUUGGAGAGACAUAGACUAGAUAUGGAGCGGGAGAGACGUCGGCAGCAUGUGAUGUUGAUGAAGGCGAUAGAGGCCAGGAAGAAAGCUGAGGACAAAGAGCGACUGAAACUGGAGAAACGAGAUGAGAAACGACUGAACAAGGAGCGCAGACUGGAGCUCAGACGGCUGGAGCUGGAGAUGGCCAAAGAGUUGAACAAACCCAAUGAAGACAUGUGUCUGUCUGACCACAAGCCUCUGCCGGCGCUGUCAAGGAUAGCGGGUCUGCUGUUGCCGGGAGGAUGUUUCUCAGACUGUCUAAUGGUCAUGCAGUUCCUGCGCUGUUUUGGAAAGGUCCUGGGGUUUGACCUCAGCGCUGACGUCCCGUCACUCGGUGUGCUGCAGGCAGGGCUGCUGAAUGUGGGUGACAGCAUGGGCUUCAUCCAGGACCUGCUGGUGCGCAUGCUGUCUGCUGCUGUUUGUGACCCAGGACUCCCUGCAGGACACAGGGCUAAGACUGCUCUCGGAGACCAUGUGACUAACCUCGGCCUGAACAGGGACAAUGUGUCCGAGGUGCUGCAGAUCUAUAUGGAAGCUCACUGUGGACAGACUGAACUAGCGCCUCUGGCUGAAAGCUUAAAGACCAAAGCUUUCCAGGCCCACACGCCGUCUCAAAAAGCCUCUAUACUGGCCUUCCUGGUCAAUGAGCUGUCCUGCAGCAAGAGUGUGGUCAGUGAGAUCGACAAAAACAUCGACAAUAUGACUAACCUGCGACGAGACAAGUGGGUGAUUGAGGGGAACCUGCGGAAACUGAGAAGCAUCUAUGCUAAGAGGACGGGAAAGCGGGAGAGCAGCGUUGGAGGAGAGGAGGCUCAGUUCGCUGUGAACAGCCGUAAACGCAAGCGCAAAGGAGGAGAGAGUGACGAAGAUGAUGAGGAAGACGAUGACAGCGAUGAACAGGGAGAGGAGGAUGAGGAUGAAGACGAUUUUGGUGGGAAGAAAGGGAAGAAAGCCGAGGCGUGUGAAGAUGAGGACGAAGGUGAUCAAAUCACAAGCACUGAAGAGCUGGAGAGACAGAUCGAGAAGCUCAGCAAGCAGCAGACUCAGAUCCGUCGGAAGCUGUUCGAGGCCUCUCAUUCCCUGCGCUCCGUGAUGUUCGGUCAGGACCGUUAUAAACGGCGCUACUGGGUUCUGCCGCAGUGUGGCGGGAUCUUUGUGCAGGGACUGGAGAGCGGAGAGGGUGAGAGAAUGAGACUGAAUGAGAUCAUGAUGAGGUCCGGCGUGCCCAUGAUAGAUCUGCCCUUCUGUGUUUGGUCCAGUGGAAAUUUGAGUCCAGACAUGAUGUUCUCUGGGGUUUCCAUGGCUCAGAUUCUCAGUGGUGUUCACCCAUCCUUGGAGGGCAGUGGAAACCUGAACGACAGUAAGAGCGAUUCCCCAGAGUCUCCAGCGGAGAAACCCCUCUCCACACCCUCACCUGUGAUCGAGGUGCAUAAAAACCAGGAUUACCCAUCACCUCAACCUAUUCCUGAAGAGAUGUUGACUGGCUGGUGGAAGGUGACGGACAUCGAGGAGUUACGAUCCAUAGAGAAAGCGUGCCAUUGCCGAGGGAUCCGAGAGAAACAGCUGCAGAAACAGCUGCAGAAACACAUGGAUUACAUCGGGCAGGUCUGCAGCAGGAACAGAGAUGUCUCUGUGAUCGACGUCUCUGAGCUGGAGGAGAAUCAGGUCUCUGAGGACACUGUCCAGAGCUGGUGUGUGGAAGAACAGGCCAUGGACAUGGACAUCGGUGUCCUGCAGCAGGUCAAGGAACUGGAGCACAAAGUCUCCUCAUCCAGUCUGCAGGUUAAGGGCUGGAUGCAUCCAGUGCCGCAGUCACAGAGUGAAGACCUGGUGUAUUACGAGCACAAACCUGUCAUGGAGAACUGCGAAGACAGGAGUGACUGUGGCAUCUUGCGUCGAGCAAACAACCCUCUGGAUAUAGCAGUGACGCGUCUGGCAGAGCUGGAGAGGAACAUUGAGCGAAGGUACCUGAAGACCCCUUUAAGCAGCACCAUUCAGAUCAGACUGGAUAACGUGGGAACGGUCUCAGUACCGGCCCCUGCGCCAUCACCUGCUAAAGCUGAUGGUGACGGGGCUGAGGAAGAUCUGGCUCCAGGAUUGAAACAGUGGCGUAAAGCUCUCGGCGAGGUGCGCAGUGCCAGUCAGCUCUCUCUAUGCAUACAGCAGCUGCACAAGUCCAUCGCCUGGGAGAAAUCCAUCAUGAAAGUGUACUGUCAGAUCUGCUGUAAGGGGGACAAUGAGGAGCUGCUGCUGCUGUGUGAUGGAUGUGAUAGAGGCUGCCACACGUACUGCCAUAAACCCAAGAUCACCACCAUACCAGACGGAGACUGGUUCUGCCCGGCCUGCAUAUCCCAGGCGAGCAGUCAGUCCCUGAAGACCAAGAAGUCUUUGGACCGCUCAAGCGGAGGCCUGAAGAAACCUGCUGAGGCCAAACGGCACACAAAACCAUCUGUGGCCGGAGACUCAGAGGACGAUUCGGGCAGCGCCAACAGCACGCCCAGAAAAGUGUUAAAGGAAAUAAAAAAGAGGAAGACCGAGGAGAAUCCUUCCACUAACCCGGCAAAGCAGGAGAGUCCCAAAACAGCCAGAGACGACAGUAAAGACCUGGCCAUGUGCAGAAUACUCUUGGCUGAGCUGGAAAGCCAUCAGGACGCCGGACCGUUUCUGACACCCGUCAACCCCAAAUCUGUCCCGGGGUACCGCAAGAUCAUCAAGAAACCCAUGGACCUCUCUACUAUAAGAGACAAACUCACCAACAGCCAGUACUUGAAUCUUGAGACUUUUAUCAUUGACGUGAACCUGGUGUUCGAUAACUGUGAGAAAUUCAACGAGGAUAAUUCAGUCAUCGGCCGAGCGGGACACACGAUGAGAUGGUUUUUCCAGAGGAGAUGGACCGAGCUGUUGAGGCAGAACUCCCAGAAACCAGGUCUCAGCACAUGAGAGCAGUUCAGAUGCUUUACACCACGAUUCACACCUGCUUUGCUUUGUUAAAGGACAACUGUGAGAACAUGAACGUUUUCCAAAAUAACCUGUAAAUGUUUUUUUUUUUUUAAAUAAACGUUAAUAUUAUAGUGAAUGUACUGUAUUUAAUUAGUUUUUAAUUAUUUAUAACUAAAAAGGUCUUCACUUUCUAUGAAAAAGAGGCAAAACUGCUUUAAAAAUCUCAAUGAAUGUGUUUUCUUUAUCAGAUAUGAAAAAAAAAAAUAACGUGUUUACAUAAUUCUGAGCUCCUAGAGAACAGAAGAUCCAUUAUUGGUUACAUUAUAAAGCUGCAUUUAUGUAAAUGUGUAUGUUUUAAAUCACAAACUCCAAAACACAGUCCAUCGUGACAUAUACAACGACUAUUAAUGUUUAAUAUCGGUUCUGAAUAUUGUAUUCUGUGCACACAAGACUCCAGCAUCGUUUAUGCCUUUUUAAUAGCUGUAUCUUUUCAUGGGUUUUAAUAUGGCACUUUCUGAAAAUAGCAGUGCCUUUCAUAAAUCCACAAUUUUUACAACUUCUCAAACCUCAAUCUAUUCCGAUGCACAAGCAUUCAUCCAGUGUUUGCUGGAAUUUUUACACCAUUAUUGCUAUUGCUCAUAUACGAUGCAACAAUAAAACCGAUGGGAAAAAAACCCUCCAAACCAUGUCUAGAAAUCAGAAAUGGUCUUUUUUGACAUAGCAAACACUCUUGCAUUGUGGCGGCCAAUUUUGCACGUGCAAAAAAAAGUGCUGUUGCAAUAAAGAAAUCUAGUUUACAUGAUAAUUAUUCUAAUGAACUGCAGUGGUUUUUAUGGUACUAAAGUCAGAAUACUUGAAUUCUGCUGUGUGAAGAUAUUGCAAUGAAGGUGUAGCGUUCUGUUUUGUAGGAGUUUUAUUUUUCUCUAGUUUGUGUCGAAUACUUAAUAAAAUGUUUUC